UGCGGGGGCUCCCCCGCCUCUGCCUGCGUUCGCUCCUGGGGGGCUGGUUGCCCCGGGGGGCAGGGAGGAAGGUCAGGCUCUGCCCGGGAGGGCUGCCCCACGGGGCAGGGGCUGGAGAGGGCACCCUGCUCGCAGGGGUCACGCCGUCCAAGUGGCUCCGGCCUCAGGAGGAGCGUCACCAGCCCUGUCUCAUCCCAGACACCUAAUCCAGGCCAAGGAGGGCCAUAAAACCCACCCUUUGCAAACACAAGGCCUCCAGGUUCCUCGGUGUGUGGGACCAGCCCUAGCCCCAUCAGGGACAGCUCCCUUCCCCCUUGCUGCAGGGGCACAGCAGAGGGAGGCUGCUGUGCCACUUGGCUUUCCCGGCACUUGGGGGAAAUUGGGGCCAAGCCUGGAUGAAAGGUGCCUAGGGCCAGGGGCUGGAAGGAGCUGGGGCCGUGGGAGGGAGGAAAUCCUGCUGGAUUAGAGCAGCUUUCCUGACGUCUCACCAGGGCUCGGUGCUGCCUGCUGAGCCAGCAGGAUGGGGCCGAGGAUGUUGGCGCUGCCCCGCUCGAGAGCAGAACGUUCUGGCACCCGUUUUGCAGGCAAGGGAACAGAGGGGUGACACUGUGGGUCACAUGUAGGUCCUGCCCUGAGGAAUGGCUGCAGAUGUCCACAGGAAGAAAGGCUGGGAAGUGCCCAACGGGUCCCUGGCACCGGGAGAUGGGCAGCACACGGAGCGGUCAGAGAGCCCCACACCGGGGCUGGCACAGGGGACGGAGCCAGAUGGCUACAAGGUGGUCUUCGUGCGGAGGAGCCCGCUGGUGCUGGUGGCAGUGGCACGGACCCAGCAGUCAGAGCAGGAGAUCGCCCAUGAGCUGCUCUACAUCUACUACCAGAUCCUGAGCCUGCUCACCUGGACCCAGCUCAACCACAUCUUCCAGCAGAAGCAGAACUAUGACCUGCGCAGGCUCCUGGCCGGCUCUGAGCGCAUCACUGACAACUUGCUGGACCUCAUGGCCCACGACCCCAGCUUCCUCAUGGGUGCUGUGCGCUGCCUGCCCCUGGCUGCUAGCGUCCGGGACGCUGUUAGCACCAGCCUCCAGCAGGCCAAGGCCAAGAGCCUCGUCUUCUCCAUCCUCCUGUCAGGGAACCAGCUGGUGUCUCUUGUGAGGAAGAAGGAUCAGUUCCUCCACCCCAUUGACCUCCAUCUGCUCUUUAACCUCAUCAGUUCUUCUUCCUCCUUCCGGGAGGGUGAAGCCUGGACUCCCAUUUGCCUCCCCAAGUUCAACUCCAGUGGCUUCUUCCAUGCCCACAUCUCCUACCUGGAGCAGGAGAUGGAUCUGUGCCUCCUGCUGGUGUCCACUGACCGCGAGGACUUCUUCACCGUCUCCGACUGUAAGCGGCGCUUCCAGGAGCGCCUCCGGCGGCGAGGAGUACACCAUGCUCUGCAGGAGGCCCUGCGCACCCCUUUUUACAGCGUUGCCCAGGUGGGCAUCCCUGACCUCCGGCACUUCAUCUACAAGUCAAAAAGCUCUGGGCUCUUUACCAGCCCCGAGAUUGAGGCACCCUACGUGCAGGAAGAGGAGAAGGAGAGGCUCUUGGGGCUGUACCAGUACCUCCACAGUCGGGCUCACAACUCUUCACGCCCCCUGAAGAAUAUCUACUUCACGGGCCCCCGUGAGAACCUCCUGGCUUGGGUGACCAGCGCGUUCGAGCUCUACAUAUGCUACAGUCCCCUGGGGACCAACGCCGGUGCCAUCAGUGCUGUCAACAAGCUCAUGAAAUGGAUCCGCAAGGAGGAAGAUCGACUCUUCAUCCUCACGCCCCAGACGUACUGACGGGCAUCGCCCAGGGCAUGGUGCCAGCCGGGGGAGCCCCCGCUGUGCUGGGGAGACUGUCCUCCGGGGAAGCCCGGGCCAUGAGUCCAGGGGAGGGGCCAUGGUGGGACCCCAGAGCACGGGGAAGCCUGCCCAUGAGACUGUCCAGCCUGGGUGUUAGAGAUGGGGUGCACAGCUGCCUGGGGAAGGGGUGAGCAGGACUUUAUCUCAUCUGCAGGUAAUGCCCCCCCAGCUGGGGGGGGGGGACUGCCCUUUAUCUGUGGCCCCAGGCCCAUCCCUCGUUGUGGGGGUCCUGGAGUAGAGCUACUGGUGCUGUGGGUUGUUGGAGGGGAGCUGAGCCCUGGGUCCUGCUGCCUGUGCCUGGCACCCUCCUCUCUGCCAUCCUGUGGCUGUGCCAAGGGUGGGGGUCCUCUGGAGAGAUGUGGCAGCACUCAGGGGACCCCUGUGCUGCUGUGCCUGCAGAGGGUGGGUGACACCACCCACGUGGGGGACAUGGCUGGCCCAGGGCAUGCGCAGCUCCUCUCCCUGCCCUGGGGAAGCCAGGCCCCCCAAGUGCCAGGCAGCCCCUGGCAGGUUUUCCCCCUUGGCAUCUGUGCCUGUCCAGACCCUUCCCACCAUGGCUGUGAGAAGGAUCUCCCUGGGGACGCUGUCAGGCAGAGUGGUGGAUCAGCCUGCCCCAGCUGGGAGAGCUGGGUCCUGCCUACCUCCCCACAGGGAUGCAGGGCAGCCCCAGAGAGACUUGGGGUACUGGGGUGCCUAUCGGGGUGCUGGUGGGCUCGUGGUACUGGCUCCUGAGCAGUGGAACCUAAAGGGGUGGCUGAAGCGCAGCCCCCUGGAGAUUCUGACAGCACAGGGCCCUGGGGCCCCCCCAGCCCAGGGAGGGCCUUCCCCUUGUUGCAGGGGCACCUGCCCCCCAAACCCAGACCUUCCAGCCAGCUACACUGAGCUUGCUGCACAAGGGCCACCUCCUCCCUGGGCACUGGUGUGGGGCUGAGUGCCUGUGAAUGCUGCAGCAGGCUGGGCACAGCCUGACCCCAUGUUUUGGGGCUGUGCUGAGCGCUGCGGGGGACAGAGCCACUGGGGUGGCGCCGAGACACCAAGGGAGCUGGGAAGGACCUGGCAGGGCUAGUGCAGGGACUCUGCUCCUGUAUUUAUGUUCCUGCCAGAGUGUAAUCGCUUGUCUUUUGCUCAUAAACAUU